AUGGACACCAGAGGGGAAAAGGUACAUAAAAGGAUGGUGAUCUGCGGCAGUUGCGGGAGACUCGAAGAAGAAAAAGAAGAGGCCCUGGAGAAGUUAGGAAAGGUUAGGAAAGUUAGCAGCCCAACUAGCAAGACAUCAUUGGAGCGAAAAGGAGUGGUGGAGAGCUUGAGGGGGGCAGAGGUCUUGUCGGAAAGGCUCCAGUUCGAUGUUAAAAAGGGUGCAUGGCGGUCCGUUCCUAGGGGAGAAGGGCUGAACUCAGGGCCAAGGGACCAAGACUACCGCGGAGUAUUCAGUCCGCGUUGCAAUCGCCCCGACGCCAGUGAUGAGCCCAUAACUGGCCCCGUGUCUGGUAAAGUGCAAAUUUCCCAGAAUGGAGCAGUUCCAACGGGACCGAAAAAGAAAAAGAGGAGUACAGAGGAGCACAGACAAGCCUGCGCACAAGGCUAUACCAGCAUUUCACCGAAUCGGGACGUGUCCCUCCUAUGGAACCAUGGCUCCUCCGCCUGUAGCCCAAAGAUAGAGGGGAAGGGAAACCAAGAUAUGACUCGAAUCAAUGCUAACGAGGGCACCAGGGCCAAUAGUCACUGCUCAGGCGCAAUGUUGGCUGCUAUAGUGCGAUGCUCCCGCUUAUCUGGGGAAUAUCUCCGAUCUGAUGGCGUCUGGGGCGUUAUGACUGUUGGUGACCCUAUAGUGCACAACUGGAGAACUGAAGAUCCCAAAACGAGCCGAAGGCCGAUCAUGCUUCAGGCAGAAAAUCAACUACUCGUGCCAAUCGCGCUGCGUAAAGAGCACGACCAGCAGUAUGCGAAGAAUUGGCCCUUUUUAGAUCGGCAGCCCUAUUUUCAUCAAGUGUGCGACUCCCGAGAGGAAGGGAAGUUGCCGAUACGCGCAUUUAUGGUUCAGGUGGACCUUGGCUUGAAUCGUACGCGGGCACGCAACUAUUGCCGUGUCGAUCUCAAUCCGGCAGGAUCGUCGCAAAGAGGUAACCGUGGCCAGGAAGUGCCGCAGGUCUGGGAUACACUUCACGUUCUUGUCAACUAUAACUUCGCGCUCGUGUUGAGCCCACUUUCCGACAACCCUAUUGGAAAUGUAGAGCGGGAUGAAGAUAGUCCUAUCGCCCAGAAACCUCCUUUUGACAGCUCUUGGAUGCGUACGAGAUAUAGGCAUGAUUGUGCCGAUCAUACCCAUGCUGUCGCAAUUCCAUGUUGCAUAUUCCCUCGAGUCGAUCUUUAUCACACCUAUGAAGAAGUACCACAGCGGAGAUACGGAUCAAACCAGCCAUUUGUGAUUUUGAGUUCGGCCGGAAGAAUCCUCUUCAGCAUAAAGUUCGGCUUCUUGCCCCUCCAAAAAGCCUCCGCAUCCCCGAUGUCGCGCAUCUGUGGUCUUUCAAUAAAUGAUGUCGUGAGAGCGACCGUGGCUGGCCUAAGUAAGAUUGCCCUGACCACUUCGUCUUAUACUGGUAUGACUGGCAGCUGGCACAUGUACUGGGGUUCCUUGGCUGAUGAACUCUGCAGCUAG